GCAAGUGAAAAAAUGCAGGCACACGAGAAAGUGGUUUUCCCCGCUUUAAGUAUUAGCAGGAUGUAAAUUUUUAAUAAUGUUUGUGUAAAGCCCAAUGUAGAAUAUUAUUUCGUAAAGUCUACACAAAUAAAUCUCUUUAGUUCUCAAGAUACAAGCUUGAAAACAUCAGUAAGCACAGAAAAUAUCUAAAUAGUGACGUCACGCUUGUACACACAGAAGCUCGAUUGAUAUUACCUGAGGCCUUUCAUACACAUCCUUGUACAAUUCUGACGAGGUGCUGUUCACCUCUUUCUGUGCAAUGUUGGAUUUUGAAAAUAAGUGGGGUGUAUUUACCCAGCUUUGGACAAAUAGUAACUUGCAGUGAGCUUUAAACAAGCAUUAGAAAAAAAAUCAUCCCACCAGUUGCUUGAGUGAUUCGAUUGGACAGCAACACAAACUCUAUGUGGGCUUCAAUUACGGAACUAUGUCAAAAAUAGUUGCAAUUCUCUUCUUUUAAUUAAAAGAAAUUACGAAGAUCACGUGUGGAGGACAUGUCCACGGACUAGACUGUUGCGGGCCUCUACGUGAAGUUUGUACUAAACAAAUGAAGUGCACUUCACAACUGGGUUGGGCGAUGACCCGCUGCCUACAACCUCGUGAUGUCACAAUGUCAAAGGUCAAAGUACGUGUGAACUCUGCUGUUUGCCAGGUCCUGUCUGUCACUGACAGCUCGUCUUCACACUGUGUUGCUGGUGUGUGUCAUCUCCUUGUGGUUCUUAAAUGGUUUUAGUCAACAGCAACUACAACAUCGUAUUUCUUGACAAUCCUGAUUUCAAAUAUAAGGUCACGUCGAGGAAAAGUCGAGCUUCAGUCGGCAAUAGCGAGAAAUCGGAAGAUUUACUUCCCUUUAGAUUCCGACCUCGAUGGCCUUAAGACAGCCUUUCCUCGUCGUCACCGUCACCCUCUGGGUCCGCCUCAUCCUGUCAGGAAAUGUUACAGGCAGUGACAGGGAAAAAAUGUGUCACCAAGGGUACACUGGAUCUGACAACGGAGGUAGUUGUACGUUUAGCACGGGACUGUGUGGCUGGACAGAGACCGGCGUCAAUACAAAAUGGGAAAUCAAAGACCAAGAAGCGUUUGCCAGCACGUAUCGGACGUCUGAGGGAACCAAAGCGAUUCUUACCAGUCCGUGGAUGUGUGAAGAUGGUGUCGUCAGUAUCUGUAUCCGGUUUUCUUACAAGUUUGAUGACGAUGACGGGGGACAACUGACACUCCGACUGUGUAACGAAACCGAUAACUGUGAGGUUCUGUGGUUCGAGAAGUCCGGUUAUGAAAAUGAAUGGUCCUGGUGCCAACUCAGCCGAAAUCUCACCCUUACUAAGAGGGAUCUUUUUAAGAUACAGAUUGAAGCCAAGAAGAUAGACGAUACAUGGUUUUCAGACACAAACUUCUACAUCGACAACAUCGUCUACAAGAACACUUCUUGCCCCAACGAGCCUAUGGUGACACCUACACAACAUCCCGUCUUGACGACCGGUGAGAUGUUAACAACAAAUACUGAUGCUGACUUUUUGACCCCAAAAAUGAGUAAGACACCAUUGUCUUCACAACAUACUUGCUACGAUACACAAUCAAAGUUUAAAAAAAUGUUACUUGAUUCGGUUUUGUUAGACGAUAUUAAGUUUACUGACAUCUUCACUGAUUUUUAAAAUCCUUCCACGGGUUGCCACUGUAGGCAGUAAGUGUAAAUCUCCUGACACACACCAGUCAGGUCGGUGUCAAGAGAUGUGAAGGAUGAAUUUUAUUUUCAGCCCACUUUUCAGCUGUCAGAGAAGACGAACAAGAAAAUAGUGAUGUUAGUAGCAACACCACCAAUGACGAAGAAUCACCAAGACUGUUAAUGAUUUCUGCAAUCGUCGCGGUGCUCUUGCUGACGGCAGCUGUCGUGGUUGUCGUUGUUUACUUCAGACGCCAGAGGACGGACGGUGACGCUGGCAGCAA